GGCAAAAAGAAAAAAAAAAGAAAAAUUUGCUUAUUUUAACGCUUUUUGGAUAUAUAGAAAAUUUAUUGUUUAUUCGAAAACAGAAACACUAACUAUUUCUGAUAAGCAUUUAGUUAAAAAUUUGUUCCAAACCAAUAGUUAACGUCAACAAAACUUGCAAGCAUGUUUAUUUUAAUUAAUAAUGACUUCCCUUCAAGACUUUAUAAAAAUUUUCGAUUCUUUCUGUAACUCUGCCAUCACAACACAGCCAAUAUGAUACAAUAAUUGGCGAGAGAACGGAUUUCUGAAAAUCUCAUUUUGAAAUCCGUUAAAGCGCAAAAAAAUUUUUUAAUCACUUCAGAAAUUCAAAUGCCUGAAGCGUUGACAUUGUUCGGGAUGGCUGACGAAGAGCCAGAUUUAUCAACAUUUGAAAAUAAAACUGGUUUGGCUGAGGAUAUGAAAUUUCUGGCUUCGAUGCCGGAAUUGUGCGAUGUAACAUUUCUGGUAGGCGAGACCCGAGAACCAGUAUGCGCAGUUAAGGCCGUCUUAGCUUCUCGUUCGCGAGUAUUCGCAAAAAUGCUUUAUUCAGCUCCAUCUCCACAACGUAAGCGAGAGUCAUCAACUAAGGAGAAUAAGUUGCGAUUAUUUCUAAAACGUUCCUCAGAACCUUUAUUAAAUUUGCAAAAUGCCUCACAACAGAAAAGUGCUUUUACUCAGCAAUUAACACCGAUACCAGAGCCGGCCGGUCAUCAGCAUCAGACUCUGAUCAUCGAAGAGUUCGAACCGGAUGUAUUUCGUCAACUCAUUGAAUAUAUUCACACUGGUUGUGUUACUCUACAACCGCGUACUCUAUUAGGUGUUAUGAAUGCUGCCGACUAUUACGGUCUGGAAGAGUUGCGUAGAGCCUGUGGCGGUUUCGUGCAGUGUUGCAUAAAUGUGGAUACAGUGUGCGCUUUAUUGGCCUCUGCCGAGCGUUAUAUACAGUACAAAUGUACAAAAAGUUUAGUGCAAAAAGUCUUGGAGUUUGUCGAUGAGCACGGCAAUGAAGUCCUGAACUUGGGUAGUUUCACUUUAUUGCCACAACAUGUGGUACGUUUGAUAUUAGCUCGCGAAGAAUUGCGAGCAGAUGAGUUCACAAAGUUUCAGGCCGCUCUCAUGUGGAGCAAGAAGUAUUAUGACAAUAAUCCGAACAUUGAUAUGAAGGAGAUUUUAGGCAACUUUUUGGAAUACAUUCAGUUUCACAAAAUUCCUGCGAAUGUAUUAAUGCGGGAAAUUCAUCCGCUAGGUUUGGUACCUUACAGCAUAAUAAUGAAUGCUUUAGCUUACCAGGCAGACCCAGAAAGCAUCGACCUCGGAAAACUGUCUCCCAACUCUAGUCGACAGUGACCCCACCACGGACGUCAGAAACACAACCAAUCUUUACCAAAAAUACGUAAGGCUAAGUCACAAAGCUUUCGUACUCGCCGCAGUCCAAGUGAACGUCGCAGCCCUAUGUACCCAUAUGGUCCGGGACAAGCCCCGUUAACAUUAAACAAUCUUAGAGGUCCAGAAUCUUUGACGUCAAAGAGUCCUGUUUUGGCUCAGCCGGAACCAAAAAGCCCAGGAAGCAUUUCGCAGAAAACUUCAUUUUCGCGCCAAGGUACCUUAAGGGCUUCUCAACGUCGUAGAGAGGACAUAACUGGAUCCAUGGUCCUUAUUCAAGGUCGUCGUAGUCCUUUGGGUUUCACUGACCGCAGUCCGCAAGGUCGACGCAAUCCCUUAGCAUUUUCGAGCGAUCAUUUAAAAUCGCCCAAUGAGUUACCUUUGCAAACUGAGUUACCUUGUACACCUGUCACUGAAAAUCAAAAAAGUCCGACAAGCAUUCUACACAUGCAAGAGCGACGUUCUCCCAUAGGUGCCGCAAUGCCCUUAGACUUUGAUCGCUAUAAGCAUAGCCCUACAACGUCUACUGUCCGUGUUCAAGAUGGGACACGUAGAUCAUAUGAAAGUUGUUUACAACAGGAAGAGAUCGCUCGCACUCCCACUGGAUUCACUAUAGUAAAAAGAUCUUCGAUUAAUUUAUUUACCCCGAUUUACUUCGGAGGAGAAAAAAAGAGUCCUGUUGGACCCAUCCCUCCAAUCACAGUUUCAAAUCCACAAGAAAGUUCCCGUAUCGCAGAACAUAAAGCGCAAGAAAGCAAACAUGAGGCAGAGAAACGUCAACGGGAGGAGAAGGAAAAGGUUGAAAAAGCUGAUGUCAAAGCACAAGAAAAGGAACAACCAGAAAAGAAAAGUGUUAUGCGUGAGAUUUUAGCAUUUGUUCGCAAACCAUCUAAGCAUAUAUCGACACGCACAAACCGCUUUGCUCAUGCCUUUACGCGGGCUGAAUCAGGGUCAUCUAGUGGGCCACUAAUACGCCAAAGUACUUUUUCAGCCAGUCCGGCGGCUUCGUCAACGGCUGCAAAGAGUGCUGUCACUAAACAAAUAUCCGAAGUUGGAUUCGAACCGAAGAUGUCACUAAAAUUUUCGCACUACACCAAAAUGUCAUUAAAAUUACGUCGAUCUGGUCGCGAUGAAGAGAAAACGAAACAGAUGCCAUCCGGAUUUUUUUCAAAAAGAGCAAGUGCCGACUCUACAGCCACUGGUCUAAAUGUGACAGAUAGUAACGGUCCUGACUCAGGACGUACCACACCACUUGAUGAUAUACCAUUUGAAUUGGCGAAUGUUCGCUUUGAAAAGGUAGGAGAUUCUUACAUUAAACAUGAAAAAAAACCAGACGCAAAAAUUAGUGAAGAUGCAGUCGACCCAGAAGUAACAGAUACUACCAUAGCCAACCUCGUUGAGGAAAUCAACAAUUCUCUUAAAAUAGUCUCGUUGUCCAGUGAGAACGCACAAGUUACCGGUAUUCACUACUUCCAGAGACGUUCUGAAAGCAGAGAACCCAUAGAACCACGUAUCAGUGAGGAACGGGAAUCCGAUUCGAAUGACUUAGUUAUACCCGAGGAUUUUCGUACUGAAUUAGCUGAAAUUUUAAAGGACUACAAACCUGAACCAAUUUAUAUAAAUUUAGAAAUUUUACGCAAAGAAACUGAAGAAGCUGAAGCAGCGGCAAAAAAAGCAGCAGAAGCAGCUGCGCUUAGCGCCACAACUGUUGAAAAGUCUCCUUUACAAUGUCCGAUUAUAGAAUUUGUACCACCUUCCCGUCGCUCUUCUUUCGAUCCUCCAAGAUCACCAUUCUUGGAGAAUUUGAGAAGUCCAGCCGGUGAUAACGACACUGAGCUUAUAAACUUACAGAGGUUAGAUUCUGGAGGCGAUAGUUUUGAAAUGGUAGAAGGUGAUCGUAAGUCAAGUCGAGCGGAAUCUAGCUUUGAAUGUCCGUACUCUUCUAGGGAAACUAGUUUUGAUAUUUCCCGUUAUCAAUCGACUAGUUACGAAGAUCAAAGUUCUAGUUUUGAAAUGGUAGACAUAGAUGAAAAAUCAAAGAAAUCCAGUGUGGAUCUAAGAAAAUCCUCGAUUGAACUCCUUGAUGCCGAGACAUUUCAACGCUCGACAUCUUCGUGCGGCAGAAAAUCUUCUUUAGAAACUCAUUUUGACUACACACCCUCUGAACCAACACCAGUUCGAUCACGUAACUUUCCAAUCACAAAGAAACAAAAAGCGGAAAAUUUUCGCUCCCUACAUAUAUUACCAUUCGGUGCCUUUUCAAGAGCACGCAGUCCUCUAUCUACUCAGACUUCUUCUAAUUAUAGUUCACGAGACAGUUAUGAUUCCAGUUCAUCUUGCCCACCGCAUUCCGGCCAUGAUCACCUUGAAACGAUCCAAUCGCAGCAACAGUCGCAACGCAUAAGUCCUUUUGCUGAUCCCACCAAAAAACAUUUUCCUAUAACUAUUAAACAAAAAGAAGAAGAAGUGAAAACAUUCUUAUGUACAGAUCAGAGAUGUGCCAAUAUUUUCGAACCACGGCCUAGUUCAAUUCUCACUCAACAGUUUUCAACAGGUUCAAUGUCCACACCUACAGGUUACGCCAGCGGCAUAUCAAAAGUUGUAAGUAUUGCUGGGAGUGGUGGUAGCGCCGGAGUUUCUAGUAGCAGUGAAUUUGAGCCACCAUCGCCGAGGCGGGCAACAAGUGCUUCUCCAAAACAUACAUUCACUUUUCGAAUUGUUUUAAAAAAAGUCGAUAGCUUACCAGAGACUUUGUUUAACGAGAGACAUCGUAGCCGAAUCAUUGAACGUUACCGUCGCCGGGAUAGUAGACGUAAACGAUUACAAGAAACUGCAGGAAAGAGCUUUUAAAUCAAAGCAAAAAACAUUUUAUAGGCACAUUUUGAGUUUAGAGACUACGUCAAAAACUAAGGAACGAAGAUUUAAACUUGCUUUUUUUGUUUUGAUCUUUUCUAAAUGAACUUACUUUUGUCAGGCUUAAAAGCUAAACAUAGAUUUUAAACAUAGCUAUGAAAAUAGAUAGUUCGGCCGAUGUUUUGCGUCGAAAAGAAUAGUUGAGCAAAUUAUAGAUACAAUUCUAAAAUUUGUAAAUAUAACUAAGUCUAAGCCUAGGCAUUUGGAACUGAGAAUAUUAUGCAUCCUUCCUCUUUUUGCAAUAUUAUAUGUGAAUGCGCUGUUGCCAAUUUUCGCCGUGUAAACCAAACUUAAAGUUUCCACAAUAUAACUACGCAAAACUUAAUAGACGUAAACGAACUUUUAAAUUUGAAAUAAAACAUUAGCUCCUGAUUUUGUAGAAAUAACACAGUCUAGCAGUUGCGGCAUUUUAAAGAUCUACUAUAUCUGCCUUCCUUGAGCAAAUGCCCUGUUGCCAUAAAUUAUGACGAUCAAAAUAUAAACGCUAAAUACUUCUAUAUAAUCAUUUUGAAACCAAUUUGUACAGGUCUUCAAAACGAUCAAAAAAAUGUUAAUAUCUCUUAACGCCCACUAAAAAAAUACUCAUACAUAUGGAUCAGCAUUCUAAAAUCAAACUCAAGGUGUAGACUAAAUAUGAACUUAUAGAAAAUUUACAAAAAUCAAAUUUUCUCCCGUUAGUUAGAUUGAAAUUUAUUGUCACAUAUAUUUAUGUGUUUUUUUUCUAAAGAAAAAAAAAACCAAAAAAAUUGAUCACUUUAUACCACAAAAACAAAACUACCGACCUCAAUCAUGUCAUCGAAUCAGUAAUAUAAAAUUCCAAACAAAAAUCAAAAAAAAAAGCUCAUGAAACAAAAAUUUUGUCUUUUUUUUUAAAUCUACUACUAAUUAUUUUAUCUAAAAAUAAACAUAAGAAAUCUAACCUCAGAAAACUUAUGAUAAUCCAUAAAAAAAAGAAAAAAAAUAAUGAAAAAAAUGACUUUUCGACAAUCUCUCAGUGUAUUUUCAAGACAUGUUAGUAAUAAUGUAUUUACAUAUACGUAAGGGUCUUUUGUGGCAAAUAUUAAACAUAUACGGGUUUUUAGUCCUUUAAUAUUUAACCUGAAAGAAAUCAACAAAUAUAAUAAGUAAGUUAAAAAAAAUAAAAAUAAUUAGUAAUAAAAUAAAAACUACAUUUACAUUAUAUUUAUUAAGUAGAAUCUACUAAAACCAUUUGUUACAAAAAUAAUUCCCUCAGAUCUGGCCAGUUCUGUAAAGUAAUGAACCAGACUAAUGAAUAGGAACUUCCGCAAAAAGUUCCUUUAAAAUGCACUUUUAAUUUGGACCUGACGUCGUAUAAGACAAAAUAAAAAUUUAUAAAGCAAAACAUUUAUUGAAAUAAAAAAAAUCUAGCAAAAAAAACUUGCCUUCAGGAUGAAUGGGGAACAUACCUAUAACGCUAUUCUUGCUACUGUGCAACUAUCCAUAACUUUUAUUGAGAGAUCGAAUCCUUUUUCGCAAGUUAAUUUCUUAUGACUUUUUAACCCGACAAGUAAGAAGCCGUCUUUGCGAAUGGCAAACUUCUCUGAAAAGAUUUUUACCAGAGGGUUCUCAUAUAUAAUAUAGACGCGUAUUCGUUAGAGUAAUGUGUGCAUAAGAUUCACGACAGCAAAAUUUGCAAAGACCUUGAAACCUAAUAAAGAUCGCGCUACGUGAACGAAAACAUUUGGUCACGAAAUUACUUCAGUAGUGUAACAUGCAUAAAUAUUGUUUUAUAUUGAUUGAUUAUAGCGUGAACUCUUCUUCCUUGCUUAACAACUCAACUUUCAAAGUACAUUUUGUAACUCUUGCACCUUUCGCACAAUAACCACAAGCUGCAAAACCUGCUUCCCUUGGUUUCCGUUAGACUUAAACAAGGAAUAUUAAAAAAAACACGUGAAGUCAGUAUA